CCUUUUUAGGAAAGCCUAUAUUUAGUACUGCACAUUAUGUGGUCAGCAUGAACAAAGAAGUAUAGCAAAAAGCAUCAGUAUAGCUAUGGCUACUCCUAAUCAAGAGCCAGCGUUUGUCAAAGAGUUAUCUGAUAAGUACAAGUGUAGUAUUUGUACUAACCUUCUAGACACGCCAGUUCUAACUGAAUGCUGCGGACAGCAUUAUUGCAAAGCUUGUAUAGAAAAGUGGAUCAUACGAAAAAAGGAAUCGGUUUGCCCUCACUGUCGAGCAGAAAACUUCAACAAAAUCAUCGCCCUACCACUAGUUCGAAAAAUCAAAGAGCUGGGAGUGUAUUGCACAAAUCGUAACAACGGGUGUAAAGCGGUCAUUAACUACGAACAUUUUCAGAAGCACGUGAUCGAGUGUCUGUUUGGAGCUGUUGAAUGCACCAACGAUUGCAGUACGGCCGGAUUGCUAAGAAACAAACUCGAACACCAUUGCAAACAAGAGUGUCCUAGUCGAAUAGUGCACUGUAAGCUUUGUAAUGAAGAGGGUAAGCACUCGGUAAUAAUAGGAAGGCACAUACAAAUUUGCCCUGACAUGACCUUAGCAUGCCCUAACAGAUGCCACCAGAAAGUAAAGAGAAAAGAUAUCGAUGAGCACAGAAACAAGUGUCCACUUGAGGAAGUGGAUUGUUCGUUUAGUGAGGCUGGUUGUGAAGUGAGGCUGCCUCGUAAACAUCUUGAAAACCAUGAAAGGACUAGCAUUCAAAGCCAUCUCCGACUCACCAUGGCAACUACAGCUGCAGUUAAGAGAGAAAAUAAGGAACUAAAACGAGACUUGGACAUGCUGCUGUCUGUUGUAUUCACAGGGUCUAGUUUAGUAUGCAUUCUCCCAAACAAUACGACACGUGUACACAUGAGCAACAAACUGGGAGUAUUUAGGGAGCCAGGAUUAGAGGAAUAUUAUAACAAUAUUCAAUGCAGUUCACCAGCACUAUGCAUAUAUCCGGGAUUCAAAAUCUACCUUGCAUUUGGUAAUGAUAAUGUUGGUAAACAGUUUUUUCUUUGGUUGGAGAAAAGUGAUAUCUAUGGUUACCCCAAGACUCUGUCUAUUGAAGUGCAGCUUACAACAGGACAAUCAUUCUCGUGUUCCUUAAAUGAACUCUUACACUUAAAGGACAUACGAUUUGACUUAGAAAGAGAAGUUAGGUUCAUGAUGGGCGAUUUAAUACCUAAUCUAGUUUCAAACCAUUUCCACGCCAACAUUAAGUUCACUGACAUUUCUUAAAGCAGAGUCGACCUAGCAACUGUAUAGAUGUAGUGCGUGUACUCCAUUGUCUUAGUGUUCUUGUACUAAUAUUAUUAUAUUGUGGAAACAGACAAUGAUUGUAUUCAAAACGUUAAUUGUGAACCUAUAAAGCCAGCAAACUUAAUCGAUCUUCAACACGAAGGAACACUCAACUAACACAGCUAACAAGAGAGAGAAUUUAUUAUAAUUAUAACAACACACUAAAACGAGACUUUAUAGAAGGAACUUACGUGAUGUAGAUCAAACACACCUCAAACGAUAAGACCCUUUGGGUGGUGUUGUA